GGGAUGAAUAACGUCGGGGUGGGACACUGGAGGGUCGGUGUGCUCAUGGCACUCGGCUUGCAGCUGGACCAGAGAGCUGCGCGGAGGGAAAACAACUGCGCAGCAAGGAACGAGAUUGAUACGCAGAUUACCGUCACCAGGAGCAAAUAGAUCCGCAGCAGAGGGGAAGCAAGGCGAGAUGCGCUGCGUCCCCGGCGCCGCCGGCGCGCUAUCCGAGGACACAGGGACCGACAGCUGCGCACGUACACCCCGCUUUUAGAUGGCUCCAACAUUUGGGGUGCAAAACAGGUGUCAGGGAAGUGUCGUCACGAACCCCGGAAGCCGGAGGAGGUGGGAACAUCAGAGGGAAAGAUGGCAGCGAAAUCCGAUGGUCGCGGGGUCGUCACCGGUUUCGCCCAGCUGCACAACCUGGACGAGGUGGUGGGCGCCGGAGAGGACGACACUCGGAACAGCAGCUCGUUCCACAUCUGCCACUGCUGCAACACCUCGUCGUGCUACUGGGGCUGCCGGAGCGCCUGCCUGCAUUACCUCCGGGGGAAGGGGAAGGGGAAGGGGGGAGAUGCGGCGCGGCCACCGCAGGAGGAGCGCCUCUGGCUGGACUGCCUGUGGAUCAUCCUGGCGCUGCUGGUCUUUUUCUGGGACGUGGGGACCGACUUGUGGCUGGCCGUCGACUAUUACCACAAGCAGGACUUCCUGUGGUCGGGCCUGACCCUGUUCUUCGUUCUGGUUCCCUCGGUUCUGGUCCAGAUCCUGAGCUUCAGGUGGUUUGUGCAGGAUUACACCGGAGGGGGACUGGGCUCCGUGGAGGGGCUGAGUCGCAGAGCCACGGCCACUCUGCAGAGAGACAGCUGCUGCCGCCUCUCUGUCUGGGUCUGGCAGACCGUCAUACACAUCUUUCAAUUGGGACAAGUGUGGAGGUACAUCCGCACCAUGUACCUCGGUAUACAGAGUCACCGGCAGAAGGAGAACCAGCGGCGCUUUUACUGGGCCAUGAUGUACGAGUAUGCCGAUGUCAACAUGCUGCGACUGCUAGAGACCUUCUUAGAAAGUGCCCCUCAGCUGGUGCUGCAGCUCUGCAUCAUGAUCCAGAGCAACAAGGCUGAGUGGCUGCAGUGUGUCUCUGCCAUUUCCUCCCUUCUGUCCCUGGCCUGGGUGCUAGCCUCUUACCACAAACUCCUGCGCGAUUCACGCGACGACAAGAAGAGCAUGAGUUACCGAGGUGCCCUGGUGCAUCUGUUCUGGCGCCUUUUCACCAUCUCCUCCCGGGUGCUCUCCCUCGCUCUGUUUGCCUCGGUGUUCCACAUCUACUUUGGCAUUUUCGUGGUGCUCCACUGGUGUGCCAUGGCUUUCUGGGUCAUCCAUGGCGGCACCGACUUCUGCAUGUCCAAGUGGGAGGAGGUCCUGUUCAACAUGGUGGUGGCCGUGGUCUACGUCUUCUGUUGGUUCAAUGUACGAGCGGGCCGGACCCGGUGCAGAAUGGUGGCUUAUUACGCACUCGUACUGUUAGAGAACGCCAUCCUCAGCCUCCUUUGGUAUGCGUACCGUGACCCAGUCACCACUGACGCCUACGCCUCCUUUGCCCUCUGUGGUGUCUUCCUGUGCUUUGCCUCAGGUGUGGCCUGUAUGGUUCUAUAUUACGGGGUCCUUCACCCGAUGGGCCCCCGGUUGAGGGUGCUGGCCAGCUCCUGCUGUGCUGAGCUUCUGUGGGGCCUUCCAUUACCCCCCGAGGCCGAGCCUAUGGCUCCCACACCGGGCCACCGCGGCUCUCAGGCCACCCCCACGCGGGGCCUGGCAGGGGAAUACGAGGAGUCCGACGAAACCCCCACGGACACCUGCCUUCCGGUUUUCCAGGUGAGGUCCACGGAGCCCGUGGACGCAGCUGGAAGGCCCAUCCAGCCCGAGGGUCCUCUCAUCAAGAUAGACAUGCCCAGAAAACGCUACCCGGCCUGGGAUGCACACUUUGUGGAUCGCCGCCUGCGCAGGACCAUAAACGUGCUGCAGUACAUUAGCCCCAACGCGGUGGGCAUCAGGUAUAGGGACGGUCCGCUUCUCUAUGAACUCCUGCAGUACGAGUCCUCCCUCUGAACGCUUCUCCUCCCACAGCUACAGUCACUUGCUCUUACACACCACGGUGCACAUGCGUCCCUUCCUUUCACACCGCUCUUCCUCCUCUCCAGAUAGUAUCUCUUUCCAUUUGACACUCGGCUCUCUCCUUCCCUCCCUUCUGAUCAUUCAAUUCUCCCAGCAGGAGAUGUGUGUUUGCGAAACCGAAAAUCUGUCCAGACAGUCUAAACACACGGUCAUGAUUUAUUUUUGGAACAAAACAUACAGUAUAGAGAGAAAAAUUAUGAACCUACAAUAUCUGAUAUGAUAUUGAGAGAAGCAUCAUAUGAUUCCCUCUACGUGGAUAGAGGAAAGGUUCUGAAUGAGUGUGUAGAUAACAUAUGAAUGUUUCAUUAUGAAAUGUGAUUAAUGCAUUAUACUGUAUUGGUGAUUCAAUCUGUGAAUACUUGUGAAGGGCAUACUGUUAUGUCCCUGUGACUUGAGUCUGGCGCAAAGCCUGAUGGGAAUGAUGGAGGAGGGCGUCAGAGGGGACGGGUCUUUGCACAUCUCGACAUUUACUGCCAUUCUUUACGUAAGUUAUUGAAAUGUAUGACAAUGUUUACCGAGUCCUUAGCCCACAAGCACUAAAAUUCUUAUUAUGACCCUGUAAAUGACAGAAAGGACACAAUCAAAGACGUUUCCAAGAGAAGCACUUCAGAACGGAUUUUUCCUCCCGUGAGCGUUCGUAGCUCAAGUGUUUCCUGGCUGUUCUAUUUCUGUUCAAAAUCCUUAAUCAUAAUCGCAUCAUGCGAGGAGGAAAAAGGAAGCACGUUGACCUUCAAUCAGUUCCACCCGCACAUUCAAUUUCACGAUGCAGACUGCCCCCCAGUGGUGGAAAGCUGCACCGGCAAGCUGCACCAGCCUUACUUGGUCAUUUCCUCCCAAAGUUUUGACAGCACAAAGAUUUAAGAUCACCACCCGAGAAUAGAAAAUAAGACACAAUGAAAAGUUGAAAUGAGCACAACAUUUUCUAAAUUGGUGGGUAGAAAAUAAUAAUUAAAAACAUUCCAAAGACUUUUUUUUUUUAGUCAGGUAAGGGGCAGAGGGGUACAAAUGUGUGUUAACACACAUUUUGAUUUGAAGUGCAAAGAAUCGAGGAAUCCUCCACCAUUCCCUUCUGAAUCCUAGAAAUUACUCCUGUAUACAACUUAACUCAUAUGAUUAUUAUCAACACAUGUUUUAGGUUGAUCAACUUAUGCUUAUUGGGUGCAAAGACGUGUAAUAAGUUCUUGAAAAAGAAAAAAGACAAAUCUGAGAAAAUAUUUCUAUGCUAUUAUACUUCAGUAGUUAUCUGUGUCCACCUUUAUAACCAUUGACAUAACCAUUUUGCCAAACCACUUUUUUUACAUGACAAAAAUUGUUGUGCAGUGUUCAAAGGUCUUCAUGGGUGAAACUCUUCUGGCAACUGAAACAAAAGCCAAAUCGCGUCCUACAGUACUGUCUUUCCAAUUUAUCUGCCCAUUUAUUAAGUCCCAGCGAAACGUGUGCCAUCAGUGGGCCUCCUGUGCAGCGGUUACACACACUGAUACACAUCUGUCAGCUGAGCCUGAGGAUUCACUCACUACAAAAAAUGAGAUAUAAUCCGGACAAAACAAUCCUUCUACGUCGAUGGAACUUUCCCAGAGGGCUACUGAAAAAAGGUCCACGAGUAAAAAUGAAUGCGAUACUCAACUAUGAUCUCUUUACUCAAUGAUCCAUCGGUGUAUAUAAUGUGUUUUUUGUUUUUUGUUUUUUUACUUUGCAGUGUUUGGCAUGACUUUGGUAUAAGGCAUUAGUUUAAAAAAAAAAAAAGUUCACCAAACAAGGGAGGCCCAAGAGCCCUAGAACAGAGAUUCCUUUCCCCUGGCUCGCUGGCUUUCCGCUCCGCUGUGGCCACGUGUGCCUGCUAACGUCGUACUGUAAAAAGCAGGAUGCCAUGUACGUCCAGGCCAAAGGUGAGAGGGUCUUUUUGCCGGGGUUGGAAAAGAACACGAGGACAGGCGGUGAUAAAGGGCCCGACUGGUGUACAAUUCCUCGUACGCUCGCGUGAAAACGGAUGCUUCGCCCGUCUCCAUCGUGCGUCCUACAGUACUUAUUAAGGGGAUCCAAGCGGGCCGCCCGAGUCUCCUCGGCCCUUUACCACAGCUCUGUGCUCUCGCCGUUUGUUUGGCUCCAUCCCUGGUUGCUGCUCCGCCCUCCGCCCCGUCUCUCCGUUGCUGGGCCUUGGUGCGCUCCCGCGAAAACACUCUCAACGCUCUCUGGUAACCGAACAACGUCUGAGUUGAGGCUGAACAACUGGAGAUCCUGACAUGAGAACAUGCAAUGAGGUACACUGCCAUGACCAAGAGCUUCAACAUCCAGGGGUCUGCCACCCUCCCAGCUUUAAAGUGAUGUUCAGCCCUGAGUAAUUGAGAAACUACUUGGUCAGCUAAAGUGGAGCAAACAUCCAACACACACACACGCCACGUGUAUAGAUACACACAAGUAUGCAAACAACCAACUUGUUCAUUGUUUACCGUUGUAGCCAGAGUAGUUCCUCUCUGUUGUAGUGAAUGAACAGCCAUGUUAAUAGUUAGGCAAUUAAUAAAAAAAUAAGUACAGGGGUUCCUCAGGACCGACAGACAGGACCACUAAACCAGCUGACUCAGGGGUGUCUCAAUGCAGUUCUCAUCCGCAGGCAUGUCCUGAAGGGUCUCCAUUUUUUCCUUCACAUAUUGCAUCCUGGACCACUCCUCGGCUGGGACCACACCACUAAAUUAUGGUUGGCACAUUUUUUUGUUUUCCGAGGAUGAUUGAUCGUUCCUCUUAUCGGGGGGUGGGGGGUGUUUUUGUGGUAAUUGGCUGCCUGGCAAAUGGUGCAUCCUUUCUAAACACUGCUGACCUUUUCCAGACGUGGACACAUGUCCAAAUCAGGGGCAAAUACACUGUGAUUCAUUUAUUUGCGUGUGUGUGUGUGUGUGUGGAACGACGGUAAAACAUAUAGUGUCAUUGAUUAUGUAAUACUGGGCUGCAUUUCAUGGUGGUGCGUAAUGUCGUAAAUGCAGAGUAUUUAUGCUUGCUAAGCGGUGUGAUUAGAAUAGUAGUAAUGGCGGUUAAGUAAACUAAUUUAUUUUAAUUAAGUCUGCAAUGAGUCUAUAUGUACAAGUCAUUUUUAUGGAACACACAGUAUAUUUUACAAAUUUCUACAAAAGUAAAAGCAUAGUUUUGCAACUUUCUGUUUGCAGUAAAACAGAUUUGCCACAAUAUUGGUUAGUAAGUGAGUUUUAGUCUUUUUCUCUUUUUGUUGUCUUUAAAUUUACACGCAGGUACACACAAGUGUCAAGGCCCCCCCGAACUCAACACCACGAACAAAAGCCACGCAGAAAUCAGUUACGUAAACGCCGGCUCUGCAUCGCCACACACAGCAAAGCAUCUGAACAGCAGGCGCGCUCUCCUCAGUCCUCGUGGUGCCUUGUUACUUUGGGUGCUUCAGUCCAGCCACGGCAGCCAGCUUCCCAAACAACAAACGCCAACGUCUCCUUUCGCUCGCCGAGCGGCGUCGUCCCCACGUUUGAACCGUUUCAUCCUCUGUCGUCUAGUCACGGUGUUCCAACUAAACAGAACCGAGCGGUGGGUGAGGAAGAAAGUGAGGCAAUACUGAUACAUUUUUUCCGUACUCCUCAUCUUUAUUACGUUAUUACGGCAUUGGACCGUCGGAUGGACGGGCUUAACGGGCGCCAGCCACCACGCCGAGCGAUUUGGUCAAGGGAUUGUUUUGUACUUUUGUCUACGCCUUUACAUCUUCUCCUGUCUUGCAACGAUGAAUGAUUUGUAGUGCCAAGACGUGAACUCUCUGUGUCGUUUGUCCUGUGUGAAAAAUACAUCCUCUAGCCAAAACAAAAAAGCCUGCAGUUUGGAGUGAAACACGGAAGGAGCGAAUGAGGACGACGUCGCAUUUCCUUACAGUGGAAGGAUGAAACAGGCCCGGUUACAGAGUCACUUUCAAAUAACCUAAUUUACUGGUUUUGCCACCAUCUCCCAGCAUGCCUUUGGAAGUCGUUGUGAGGUGACCCUCAACAUUUAGCAUGCAAGCGCUCUGGACUGCACAACGAACCCUCUGAUUUCUGCAUCAAUGUGUGUCAUCGCAGUCUUUCACUUGGUUUUAAGUGCGUACUUUUGUGUCAUGAACAUCUGUUGGACCACUGGAGCAGUAAGUUUAGAUGACAAAAAUGUGCUUACUUCAAUUUCUGUUGCUGACCUGGUGCUGAAUAGGGACAUUUUAAAAGGUGCUACCACUGUGGAUCGCGGUCCACUUCUUAGCUUUCUGAUAGCAUAGCCUUCCGGGUGACCGAGAGGACUUGCCGUCUCAAAACGCUCACCAGCGAGCGUCUCUAAUCCACACAGUUUACAGCAGAACUCGACUUUCAAUGGUGCCAUUUUGAUUUUGCGAACCCGCACAAAAAUAACACAGUGAUUCUCUGUUCAUAUUUUGUCUAAUAUCCUGGUUUCAGCUUACGGUAUGUUUAGUUUUGCUAUGAUUCAGUCUGAACUAGAGUUUUCCUCUUCUUUUUUUUUUUCUCUGAGAAAAUUUAAAUUAGCAGAUGGUAAAAUUGAUCUUUAGGGAAAACGCAAAGGAGCACAAAUGUACGUCUGCUACUGGAGUUUGGGUUGAAAAAAAAAACAUAUAUAUAUAUAUAUAUAGAACGUGAUUGCUGUGUUGUAAAUUCCUGUCAUCUAUAUGUCCUUAAUCUAUGUGUAUCUAUUUUUGUUGUUAUUGUGGAAUUGGCUGUAAUAUUUUGUUUAACAAUGGAUUUGAUAUUCCAAUGAAGCGACUAUUGUUGUCAUAUUAGUUGCUGCGGAUUUUUGAAAUUGUUAUGAAAAGGUAUUGAGAAAUAUUGCUUUGUUUAUAUUCAAACAAUUUAUGUUAGCUUGUUGGUGUAUUUCCCGGAUCUAUCGGGAUACUCCGUAGGCUAUAUGAUUUAUCCGGGUACUCCAAGAGUUGGCACAACGCCACUAGGCAAAUUGGCUACAAUCUGUAGCAUCUUAAAAAAGAAAUUGUACUCAUAAAACCUCUGUUGUGACUGAGAACAUAUAUGGAAUGAUUUAUUUGUUGUUGUUAAAUAUACAAUGUAAGUAAAUUGUCUCAUGGAAUCCCCGUUCUUGAAAAAAAAGCAAAACUGAUGUCCUAUUUUUGGGAACAAUAUGAGUAUUACUAAUAACAUAUGGUGCUACGGUUCUUUUUGUAUGUUUUGGUUUUUAGAUGAAAAGAAAAAUAUUAUGCUGAAAAUGUAAUGUUAAGCCUUACUGUAGAUUCAUAUAUCAGACUGUUCAUCCCAGAAGAAGAAAAAUAAAUAUAGUAUUUGAAAGUGCAA